AUGUCUGGCUAUCCUCCACCUGUUGGCUUUAACAUCAAUCCCGACGCUCCGUUGAGUUAUCCUCCUCAGGGUCAACUGGGCUACCCCCCUCAGGGCGCAUAUCCACCGCAGGGUGGUCAAAUGGGUUACCCUCCUCAGGGCGGUCAAGUGGGCUACCCUCCGCAGGGCCCGAUGGGACAGCUCCCACCACAAGGUCAAAUGGGAUAUCCCCCCUAUGGAGGUCAGCCGGGCUAUGGUGCCGCGCCUCCUCUUCAAGGCGGUUAUACAAAUGGUGCGUUGUUGCCAAAUGUUCCGGGCUAUGGAGCUGGAGCUGCUGGCGGCCUGACGGGAACAUUUGGUGGGGGAGCUGCCACAGGGUCGUUCUCGGUGUACUACAGUGGAAGACCAACAGUUGUUCCAAUGCCCAACUUCGAUCCUGGCCAAGACGCUGAGGAGCUGCGCAAGGCCAUGCGUGGAUUGGGUACUGAUGAAGGUCGCAUUAUUGGAGUUCUCUCGAAACGUACAUCCAGCCAGCGUUGUGAAAUAGUCAAGAAGUACAAGGCGUCUUUUGGAAAGGAUCUUGACAAGCAUCUGAAGAGUGAGCUCAGUGGCAAGUUCGAAGAUUUAGUCUUAUUGAGUUUGGAGUCUUUGCCUGGGAUGCUUGCUACAACAAUGUAUGAGGCCAUGAAAGGCGCUGGAACAAAUGAACAGCUUCUCAUUCAAGCUCUUGUACCUUAUUCCAAUGCAAUUGUCGGCGAGGUCUCCAAAGCUUACCAUACAAAAUACGGACGUGAUAUUAUGGAGGAUAUACGUAGUGACACAAGCGGUGACUUUGAGAAGAUCUUGAUUGCCCUGUUACAAGCUCAGCGCGAAGAGAGAGCGCCCGUUAGCGUAAACAGUGCUGCUGCCGAUGCUGAAGCACUCUACAAGGCUGGGGAAAACCGCUUGGGUACUGAGGAAGCCGUCUUCACGCGGAUCCUCACUCAAAGAAGUUUUGAACAGAUAAGAGCUAUCUCUCAAAGCUAUCAACAGAAAUACGGGAAACCACUUGAGAGCGCUAUUAAGAAAGAGACUUCUGGCAACUACAAAGACACCAUGGUUUCCAUUGUUCGCUACGCUGAGGACAAGAACGCUCUUCUGGCAUCUUGGUUCUAUGAGUCUAUGGCUGGGAUGGGCACGCGCGAUAGGUCACUCAUGCAAUUGGUUCUGGGUCGAUGCGAGAUUGAUCUACAGGACGUUAAAGAGGCCUACCAGAGAAAAUAUGGAAAGAGCCUAGUUAAGGCCAUCGAAAAUGACACCUCUGGAGACUACAAGAGAAUGCUCGUGGCUUUGGUUGGUCCAUAA